CAGUCUCCAGAAGUUUAGAGGCAGACAGACUGACGACUGCUCCUCCUGCUUCUGAACUGUAUUCUUGUCCCGAAGGAGGAAUGUGUUUUUCACUGCUAGUUGCUGUGUAGCUCAGUAUUUCUACGAUCAUGAAGACACUUGGAAUUUUCAUUCUGUUGGAAAUUGCAGGCUCCUUUCCUGCUCUUACAGGGGCUUCUUCUCCAGUCCAUUGCAGCUGGAAUCCAUUUGGUCCUUGGUCAGAAUGUGAUGGCUGUAGUAAGAUUCAGAUUCGCAGACGGACCAUAGCAGUUUACGGACAGUUUGGAGGGCAUCCAUGUUCGGGGAAUUCCUUUGAAACCCGUUCAUGUGUACCCACGAGAGGGUGCCCCACAGAAGAAGGCUGCGGUGAUCGUUUCAGAUGUUCAUCAGGACAGUGCAUUAGCAAAUUGUUGGUGUGCAAUGGGGAUCAUGAUUGCGAGGAAGAUGGCGCUGAUGAAGAUGGGUGUGAGGUGGUCAAUACGGUGUGUGAGAACAUUAAUCCUCCUCUGAAGCCCCCUCCUAAUGUAGAACUUACAGGAGCAGGCUUUGAUGCCCUUACUGGUGAGACCCGAGCUGGAGUCAUUCACACUAAGAGUUUUGGUGGCCAGUGCAGAAAGGUAUACAGUGGUGACCAGAGAAAAUAUUACCGGCUGAGUGACAGUGUCCUUGCUUACACGUUCCAGGUGAAAAUUCAGAAUGACUUCAGUGCUGAGUUUUAUAGCAGUUCCUGGGCGUAUAUGAAACAUAAAGAGACUCUUGUAACUGCAAAUAAUUACCGAGAGUACACACCAUCGAAAAAUGAAGAAAACUAUUCAGCGAGUAACCACCUCAUUGUUAUUGAAAACGACGUUGAAGUUGCUCAAUUCAUCAAUAAUCGACCAGAAUUUCUAACUCUGGCUGAACCCUUCUGGAAGGAGCUUGCAAACCUUCCCACCUUCUAUGAACAUAAUGCAUACCGGAGAUUAAUUGAGCAUUUUGGAACACAUUUUGUGCAGUCUGGAUCUUUGGGUGGAUAUUACAAACUGCUGUUUCACGUGGCUUCAGAUAGCAGAAAAUCAAAAGGUUUGAGCAUAAUAGACAUGCACAAAUGCUCUUCAUCGAGCAAGAAUUAUAUUUUUGCAAAGAAGAAGAAAACAGAAUGUGAAAAAGUGGAUGAGCUACUGCGGGAAUCUUCAGGUACCAGCAGCCAUCAGAUUAAAGCUGACCCCUAUGUAGAAGGAGGGAGUCCAGGAGAUGUGGCUGGCCUGGUCUACUUGGAUGUGCAGAAUCCUGUCGCAAAUUCUGAACGAUAUGCCCGUUGGGCUCGAUCUGUGACCCUUUAUCCUAGAGUCGUUAAGCGAAAGCUCACACCACUGUUUGAGUUGGUGAAGGAAGUACCGUGUGCCUCAGUCAAAAGACUUCACCUGAAACAAGCCAUUGAAGAGUACUUGAGUGAAAAUGAUCCCUGCAGAUGCCGGCCAUGUCCAAAUGGAGGCAAAGCAGCCAUCAUAGGAACUCAGUGCCUAUGUUUCUGCAAACCGUAUACGUUUGGAGCAGCUUGUGAACUGGGAACUCUUGUACAAGACCAGCCAGGAGUCAUUGAUGGAGGCUGGAGCUGCUGGUCCUCUUGGAGUCCUUGUACAGCGGGAAGGAAGUCAAGACAGCGAAGCUGUAACAAUCCAUACCCUAGCGGUGGCGGAAGGUCCUGCAUUGGAGAAGCUUUGGAAAACCGUCAGUGCGAGGAUGAGGAGUUGCAAUAUUUUCGUUCAAUAGAACCACACUGCUUUGAUAUGUCUGCAUUUGGCACAGAAUCCUGUCCCCCACCUCCUCCCUUGGAAAACGGAUAUGUUCAAGAUGCUGAUUCAUCAUAUCCUGUGGGGAAAAGCAUCAGCUACACCUGCAAUAAUGGAUAUGCCCUUGUCGGGGAACGGAUUGCUACGUGUGGUGAAGGCUUCCAGUGGAUCAUGGGACAGAUAAGGUGCCAGAAUACAGUUUGCGUCUUACCUGCGUUGGAAGGAGGAUUGAUUGGAGACCCUGCGAAACCCUCAUAUCAGAUUGGAGAGAAAGUACGCCUGUCGUGCCCAGAUGACAUGCAGCUGGAAGGAGCAGCUCUCCUUUUGUGUGAACCUAGUCUAAGAUGGUCUCCUAAUAUUAAUGACAUCCAGUGCAGGAGAAGAGCUCCCCGUGUGGCUACUGAACCCACAACGAUCUCAUGCCAGCCAUGGGAGAAGGUCCAGGGGACGAGAUGUGUGUGUAAGAUGCCCUACGAAUGUGGCUCUUCCCUGGACAUCUGUGCUACGGACCAAAGAACCCAGAAAAGCACAUGGCUAACAGUUUGUAAGCUGCAUGCCCUCGAGUGCAUGGGAAGGCAAUAUGCUUUGGUCGGACAGGAAAACUGCAGGACGCGUGCUGCCGCUGAGAGGUCUUGUGGCUCGUGCCAGAUCUGGGAGACCUGUGAUGGUCAAACCAACCAAUGUGUAUGCAGAGAAGCCGGACAGUGCAGCAGCAGUGCAGGAAUAAGCAUCUGUGUUGACGUGGAUGGCAGCGGUGCCCAGCAGACUAUGGCGGAAUGCGAGGCCGGCAUCCUCAAGUGCCAGGGACAGAGCAUCAACGUUGUUGGCAUAAGGCCUUGUGUUGUACAAAGUCCCCAAUAACCAAGAUGCAUCAGUAGCAGGACAAGUUUUACAGUGUGUUAUAAACAAAGUGCAAUAAAGGGGACAGGGGAAGGAUCAAAAUGAACAAACUGAGAUGAACAUCACUCUAGAUGUGAUGGGGAAGAGAGGGCUUGUAUAUUUCAAGGACCGUCACUGUGUAUAUGAUAUGGAGAGAAAAGGCGUGUAUACCCCUUGGAUGGGUAUCUGGGGAGGUACAUUCCCUCCUCUCCAGAUUCCUGUCAAAGACGGGAAGGCCACCCAAUGUGAGACGUAGGAUAGAUUGCGUCCAUAUUACAAGUGUGAUCGCAAGUGUGGUGCUUUUAUGUUUUCCCGGUGGAGUGAAUGGGAUUUUUUUGUUUAUAUGGGAGAAAGUAAAGGGGUGCAUUUGCGAACACUACGGACAUGCUGUUAAACUGCUCUUUGCACCUGCUGAUCC